AUGAGGAGAACAGAGGCCAAGGCGUUUUUCGCCAAUGAGCGUACCUUCCUUCAUUGGAUGAACAUGUCUGUCACUAUAGGGAGCAUAUCAGCAGCACUGCUCGGUGUGUCUGCUCAUGCACACAAGAACUGGGGGUCGGACUAUGAGGGGCAUGCGAUUUUUGUGAGGAGCAUUUCACUCGUGCUCAUGGUGCUCUCUAUCUUCAUGGCUUGUUAUGCCGCAUGGAGCUUCAACAAGAGAGGAGAGAUGCUCCAAGCAAAGAUGGACGGUCCCUAUGACAGCCGCAUGCUCCCUGUGCUACUGGCAGUCAUAUUGAUGGUGGCGCUCCUCAUAGUCUUCAGCGGAGCUGUUGCAGAGACAGCAGGCUGGACCUGA